CAGGGCAGAGCCUGAGCCUAGUUCCUGCUGUCCCCAGCAUAGAAGCAACAUGCACUCAUUGGCCGGGACACCAGGCAUGGCCGGAAGAGAGGCUGCUGUGACUCUGUGAUCCUCAGAAGAAGGCCCAGCUAGCAAGUACCACCUGUUCCUAACAGCCAUGCAUGCUGACUGCAGCUCCAGGCCCUCCAUGUGCCAAGACCCAUGAUGCCACCCAACAACACUGGGGAGGUGGCCAGCUCCAUUCCCACGGGGGCACUGGGGCUUUCCCUGACCCUGGCAAGCCUCAUCGUCAUCGCCAACCUGCUCCUGGCCCUAGGCAUCGCCCUGGACCGCCACCUUCGAAGCCCACCUGCCGGCUGCUUCUUCCUAAGCCUGCUAUUGGCCGGGCUACUCACAGGGCUGGCACUACCCAUGCUUCCCGGGCUGUGGAGCAGGAGCCACCGGGGCUACUGGCCCUGCCUCCUUCUCCACAUGGCCCCCAACUUCUCUUUCCUGUCCCUGCUCGCCAAUCUGCUGCUAGUGCAUGGGGAGCGUUAUGUGGCUGUGUUGCAGCCACUGCGGCCCCACGGAAGUACGCGGCUAGCCCUGCUCCUCACCUGGGUCAGCCCCCUGCUCUUUGCCAGCCUGCCCGCUCUGGGCUGGAACCACUGGAGUCCUGGUGCCAACUGCAGCUCCCAAGCUGUCUUCCCAGCCCCCUACCUCUACCUCGAAGUCUAUGGGCUCCUGCUGCCUGCUGUGGGGGCUGCUACCCUUCUCUCUGUCAGAGUGUUAGUCACUGCCCACCGCCAGCUGAAAGAUAUCUGCCGCCUGGAGCGGGCAGUGUGCCGUGAUGCACCCUCAACCCUGGCCAGGGCUCUCACCUGGAGGCAGGCUAGGGCACAGGCAGGAGCCACGCUGCUCUUUUUGCUGUGCUGGGGUCCCUAUGUGGCCACACUCCUCCUGUCGGUGUUGGCCUACGAGCGGCGUCCACCACUCGGGCCUGGAACUCUGUUAUCUCUCAUCUCACUGGGCAGCGCCAGUGCCGCAGCUGUGCCCGUGGCCAUGGGUCUGGGCGAUCAGCGCUACACAGCCCCAUGGAGGGCAGCUGCCCAAAGAUGGCUGCGAGUUCUUCGAGGAAGAGCCAAGAGGGACAGUCCAGGCCCCAGCACUGCCCACCACACCAGCAGCCAAAGCAGCAUGGACCGAGACUUGAAUUAGGAAAACAGCAGCUCCCGAUGCCUGCCUCCCGGGAGUGUUCAUCCAUCUCUUCUGCCCUACUUCUUUGGAUUGGAGCCCUUGCUCCAUGA